UCAACGUGACUCACCCUGCGUCACCUCACGGACCUGUGUUUCAACUUGCGGCCGGCCUAAUAUGUUUUCUGUAGCAUUAUGCAUCUAAUGUCAGAUUGUCAAAUGUCACGUCACGUUCAUUUUUAUUGGAAAUAAGCUGCCAUUUUGAAUAUUGCACAUGUCUUAAUUGAGACUUUUAUUGGAGUUUUACAAUUUCAUAGUAAGCACUGGACUAAAAUGGCACAAAGUAAGUUAAAUGAUUUGGCCGGUAAAUUCAGCAAAGGAGGUGGCCCACCCGGUCUUGGAAUUGGACUUAAAUUACUCGCUGUUGGAGGUGCUGCAGCCUAUGGGAUUUCACAAUCUAUGUAUACAGUGGAUGGUGGACACAGGGCAAUAAUGUUCAACAGAAUAGGUGGAAUACAAAAAGAAAUUUAUACGGAAGGUUUACAUUUUCGGGUGCCUUGGUUCCAAUAUCCUAUUAUAUAUGAUAUUAGAUCACGGCCUAGAAAAAUUUCGUCACCUACUGGUUCAAAAGACCUACAAAUGGUAAAUAUCUCGCUUCGUGUAUUAUCUAGACCUAACGCUUCUCAGUUGCCCGGUAUAUAUCGUCAACUAGGAUUGGAUUAUGAUGAAAAAGUUCUUCCUUCCAUUUGUAAUGAAGUCUUGAAGUCUGUUGUAGCAAAAUUCAAUGCUGCUCAGCUCAUUACUCAAAGGCAACAGGUUUCUCUUCUGGUUAGAAGAGAGUUGGUAGAGAGAGCACAAGAUUUCAAUAUUAUUCUUGAUGAUGUUUCUAUCACAGAUUUAUCUUUUGGUAAAGAUUACACAGCUGCCGUGGAAUCUAAACAGGUAGCUCAACAAGAAGCUCAAAGAGCUGCGUUCGUGGUAGAAAAAGCUAAACAAGAAAGGCAGCAGAAAAUUGUUCAGGCUGAAGGAGAAGCUGAAGCUGCAAAAAUGUUAGGUGAGGCCAUUGGAAGAAAUCCUGGAUAUCUCAAGUUGAGAAAAAUCAGAGCUGCUCAAAACAUUUCUAGAACCAUUGCCAACUCCCAAAAUAGGGUUUAUCUCAGUGGAAAUAGUUUGAUGCUGAACAUUUCUGACAAAGAAUUUGAUGACCAGUCGAAUAAACUGAAAAGUCAAAAUGACUCCGAAACCUUGCAAAUCAAUAAUGGAAAUACAAUUCUAACAUUAUCACAAUUUGCUGCUGAUAGAGUAUCAUCAAAAAACUUCUAUUAGAUUUUAAUCUUUUCAAAAAAUAACAUACAAAGUAAAUAUAUUUUUAAUAUUUUGACUGUUUUUAUAAAUAUUAGAUUGUAGAAUAAUAAGCAAUAAUUAUUUUA